AUGCUGGACGGUUACCUCUGCGACCCGGACGAAAAGACGAGAGGAACAGCCAUGGAUAUUGACGAGAAAAGCGCUGCCUUUUCAGAGGCACAGAUGUGCGCGACUCCGCCCAACACCAGGAGACACACCAUCAACACCGCGAUGACUACGACAAUCAUACCAGAACCCACACCUCCCGUCCCCGAUGCCCAGCGCAGAUUUUCCUGGCUCCCGCGGUCGGCAACGCCGUCCCUUCGCAGCCCCACCUUCCGCCGACGCACGGCGAGCCCUUUUGACGAUGAUGACUACUCGUAUUCCGGCAGCAACCCCUUCAGCGAGGACUUCAGACAACUGAACGAGUCCCCCGAAGGAGAUCCCUUCCGAGAUGAGAACCCAUUUGAAGACGGGGAGUACGAGCUACCUCCGGGACCGAAGCGAGAGGGAACUUGGACGAAGUUCAAGAAGGCGAUGAGUCCGAAGCGGGCGAUCAGUAAAUGGAAAUAUCGAAAGGUUAAACCUGGUGCAAACAGGACAGAAAGCCCAGAUCAAGACGAAGAAGUGGACCAAAGGGAUCCGCACGGAUAG